AUGAAGACUUCUACAUUCUUGGGCUUGAUGUCCCUCAACAUCAUAGAAUUUACCCAUGCUGGAGCCAUAUCCAUCAAAGAAGACUUUGCUUCACGGAAUGUGAAUAUCAAGCCUCGUGCUCUUCCAGACGCUCCGAGCGGCUAUGCCCCGGCUCAUGUCACAUGUCCAUCGAGCCGACCUACAAUUCGGCCUGCUUCCGCACUGUCCUCCAAUGAGACAGCAUGGCUCCAGGCUCGUCGUCAGAAGACCGAGUCCGCCCUGAAAGACUUCUUUGGGCAUGUUGAGAUUGAAAACUUUGAUGCUGUGAGCUACAUUGCGAACCACACUGGUAGCGACUUACCUAAUGUCGCGAUCGGCAUUUCGGGUGGUGGUCUUGUUGCGUGUCUCAAUGGAGGAGGAGUCAUUAAGGCCUUCGAUGAACGCACCGAGGGAUCAACGGCCAAAGGUCAGCUCGGUGGCCUGCUACAAUCAGCUACCUAUUUCGCUGCCCUCAGCGGUGGCUCUUGGGCUCUCGGAUCCAUCUACGUCAAUAAUUUCACGACGGUCUCUAAUCUACAGGAGAACUUGUGGGACUUCAACUCGGAGGAAAUCAUAUAUGGUCCUGAGAAGAUUUCACAUGUCGAAUUUUGGGGUAACAUCUCGGCCGACGUUAAGAGCAAGCGGGAGGCUGGAUUCAAGACUGGUGAUGCAGAUUUCUGGGGCCGUAUCCAGGGAUACAACUUCUUCAAUGCUAGCGAUGGGGGUGUUGACUACACUUGGUCCUCAAUCGCAGAGACCGAGUCCUUCCAGAGUGGUGACAUCCCGAUGCCUCUGGUAGUUAUGACUGGCAACCAGCAAAGCACCGAGACCUUGUCAACCUCCCCUGCAACAUACCCCAUCUACGAAACCACGCCUUGGGAAUGGGGUACCUAUGAUGACGAUAUCUACGGCUUCGCGCCCCUGGAAUAUCUUGGUACUCGAUUCGUCAACGGUGUAGUGCCAGACAACGAAACCUGCGUCCGGGGCUUCGACAAUGCGGGCUUCAUUACCGGCUCGUCAAGCGAUAUCUGGAACGAGAACGGAGAGGAUAUUCUCUUUUAUCUGGAGUAUAUCCUAGAGCAGUACGAAGCCGCUGCGCCAAAUUCCAGCAUGACAGCGUUCUUGAAGACCGCUGUCCAGGACUUUGAGAACGCCGCCAGCUCAACCAACUCCAGCAUUGACGGACCGGCAGCCUACGACCCGAACCCAUUCUACCAAUACAACACGGCCACCUCACCAUACGCCCAAACCACCAAUCUGAUCGUGCAAGACGGAGGCGAAACCAGCCAGAAUGUCCCAUUGUACCCACUGAUCCAGCAAAAGCGCAACGUCGACGUGAUCUUUGCCGUCGACUCCCUCGGCUCCUCAUCCUACGACUACUGGCCGACCGGCUCAUCACUGAUUGCAACCUACAACCGCACUCUCCUUAAUGUCGCCAACGACACUUCCUUCCCGGAGAUCCCAGACCUCGAUACAUUCCUCAAUCUGGGCCUGAACGCUCGUCCGACUUUCUUCGGCUGCAACGCCUCUCAACUGACCACGCCGACACCCCUGGUGGUUUACCUGCCCAACCACCCGAUUACCUAUAGCUCAAACUACUCGCUCACGGAGGGUCAAUUUAACAAUACCCAGCGCGAUGCGAUCAUCACCAAUGGGUACAAUGUUGCGACACAGGCGAAUGGCACGCUGGAUGCGGACUGGUCGACCUGCGUGGGCUGUGCGGUUCUCAGUCGCUCAUUAAACCGGACCGGUACUACCGUUCCGGAGGCUUGCACGAAGUGUUUCCAACGUUAUUGCUGGAAUGGGACCGUUGACGACGAGACUCCGGCGGCUUAUCAGCCGACACCUUCUCUGAGCGCCGUUGCGCCGGCGAAUGCGACUUCGUCAUCGACUACUGAUAGCAUGGGUGCUGCGCUACGUGCGGGUGUAGGAUCUGCCAUUGCAAUUGUGGGAGCGGUUGUCUUCAUGCUGAUUUGA